GUUAAAAGAAGCAGAAUUUGGUUUUUUCUUCUCUCUCGUCCGAAGGAUGUCUUCGACGAUUGAAUUUCACUCCAUUCUUCCUGGGUGGAUCUCGCCUUGGUUCAUUACUCCGCCUCGCAUCAAUCUCCUCCACGAUCCAAGACUCCACUUCUCUCUUUAAAACCCUAAACUGAAAAUAUUUCUUCUCAAAUUCGCCAUGGGGCAAAAAAUCCGCCACCAAGAAGAGGAGAAGGUGCAAUACUCUAGUGCUUAAAGGAAGAAACAGAGACCAGUCUUCGUGAUAACAAUUCGAUUCCGUGAUCAGACCACUCCUCCAAACAAUCCAUGGCUGAGAUUUCUAGGGAUAUCCACAAGCUUGUCUCGUCUUCGGAAAGGGAUUUCCUCAUUUGUAACAACAGGGAACAGGUGAUAAUUUGUUGGAAGCAGUGCUUGAAGGAAGGGUUCUGUUUUCUUUCUCCUGGUAGACCUCUCAUACUCCAUGAAGAUAAACAGUUCAUUGCAGGUUAUGGCUUUGCUUCAAAGAGGAAACCAAAACAGAACUACUGAGCCUACUCGUUGUAAUGAAACAUCUUCACGCUCACACUCCAUGGUUAAUAAUAUCACAUCUUCCUCAGAUCACAUAGUGGAAUGUCUUAACAUCUAGUGGGUGGUAUGGAGUGGAUUAUUACAGUGUCUCAUGGCCCCCGUGCAAUUAUGUCGUCCCAAAGCCAAAGCUUCUACCAUUGUUAUUGUCUACCCAACGUUGGUCCGUGAUAAUUGUUGGAAGUUUUUCUACUCUUUUACAUAACUUUGAAACUUUUUUUUUAAGAACCCUUAAUAGAGUUUUUGCAUUGAAACACUCAAACUAUAGCUAUCUCUUAACAAAGUUCUUAACUUAACUUUAUUUUUAAAUAUUCA